AAGAACAUGGGGAAAAAGAACAAGAAAUUAAAGCAUGUCGGGAGUGGAGAGUCAUCCCAAGACAAUCCAUUUCAAGAGGGUGACCUAAUCUGUCCUGCACCUGAAUAUGAUGAUGUCAUAGCCGCUGGUAAUAUAAAAGGGUCCACAUACACCAAGGACCAGAAAGAUUGGCUAGUCCAAAAGGAGAGAGAGCGAAAAGCUCUUGAGAACAUAUAUGGACGUAAGGCAUCCACUAAGAGAGAUAAGGUGCAUGUCAGGAAGUGUAGCCGUAAGCUUUUACCAGCAGUGCAGAAUUUGGAGUUAUUUGACCUAGCUCCGAGGAAGAAGAAACUGCAUGCAGACCGUGAGUCCUCGGCAGGGUCCUCGCCCAAACAGCCAGCUGCCAGGCCUAAGAUGGCCUCAGACUCCGACUCUGAAACCAGUGACUCCGACUCUGACUGGGAUGCUCCGAAGGGCAGAAAGAAAAAGAUGAUGGGUAAGGAUAUGGAAGAGCAAGGGCAAGGAAAGGUCCCUUCAGAAGAGCUGGGGGAAGCAUCAACCAGGGCAGAGCAGCAUGAGGAGGCAGAGCUCUCUCAGCAGAUGCAGAACAAGAGAGUGCCAAGCCCCACGCGAAGCGAGUCUUGCUGCUCAUCCAGGAAGAGACUGAGGACAGACACGCAAUGAGAGCAAGAGGAAAAAAUGAGAUGAGGGGGGAAGGGAUGUAGUCCAUUACGUGAUAGAUUUCAAUGAUUUUGGGGCAUAGUAAAAUGUAGCCACUCACAGUGAGUUCUCCCAGAGUCAUACCAAAUAACAUAUUGGGAUGCUGCUUGAGAGAGAAAACAGAAUGCAGGAAAUGUUUAACUCAUCUCCCCACUUCAAAUAUUAGAUUAAGAUAGGACUCGAGAACCUAUGCCAACCUUUGAGGUCCAAUUGUGUCCAUCCUUCUCACCUCCAUCGGAUCAUCAUCAUAGGACCACUCGACUACCUGAGGAAAGAAUGGGUCCAGUUAUGGGGAAUCCCGAGAUUUACUUUGCUGAUUUGAGUUAUCCAGCAGCUUUUGAUGGUUGCAAUAGUAGUGCCUUAUUGUUCGCCUCUUCUGUUAUUUCCAUUUCAUCGAAAUGGAAAGUAAAGGAAAGUACAUUGUUGUGUGCAUAACAAGGGAAAGACCCUGCUAGGAAUAUAUUUUGAUACUUUUAAAAAUAGGUAUUCUUUAUGUUAGCAUUAUUUUAAUGCAUGAUCUCUUCCUCUUGUAGGCGAGGGACAGAGGAAAGUCUUAGAAGCAGCAUGAUGUUGCUUGUCCUUAUUUUUUGCAAGUAGUGUAUUUUUGAAAUGGGUCUGAAACUAUUUUUAUUUUCAAGUCUGUAGUACAGAAUGUAAACCAUCACGAUGGGAUGUAAGAUACUUCGAUACGACCAAAGCAAAUGCUCCCCCUAAGAAUGUAGUUGAAAAUAAUGUUUCUAAAAAUUAAGGCAAAAAUUGACGUUUUGAACUGCAUAUAUAACAUCAAGAAAGAGUGCUCUAUCAAGCAGGUGAUAUGCACUGAGGGUUCGGUAAUACUUCAAGAGGGUAUGUCAGGCUGUGCUGCUGCUCUACACAGCGACAAGGGCAAAUUCAUAAAGUUGGCAUCAGACUCAACAAGUGGGCAUCGAUUCUCCAGGCUGAGCGAUUUGCUUUCCUCGUUGCUCUUACAGCAGCUGAUCAAACAGAAACAUACUUCCUGUAAGUGACUCCCUUUCUUCAUUAUAUGCACUAAAAUCUCUUUAAAAAAAGGUGCCAGGUGGCUUGUUUGUACAGCAAGACAGACUAAAUGGAUCGUAAGGGUGUUAACAUUAAAUUGCUUUGGACACCAUCUCAUAUUGGCAUCAAGCUCCAUUGAAAAUGGUAAACUUUAACUUUAAGACACCCUUAAAAAGUACAGUUCACUCGCUUGUAAUAGAUAAUUAUAUUUUUUCGUGGAAGAUGUUGUAAAAUGUGUUAUAUAUAUUCAUUUCUCUGUACUCUACGAAA